AUGCAAAGCAGCAUCAAUUUUAUCUUGAAUGGGAAGCCACUGAACAACGUAAUCAGAAUUCGUUUUAGACAGAUCUCUGAGGUUAUCGUGUUGAGAAUGAACUGGAAGAAGACAGAGAGUUAUGUGAAACUGGUUCAAAUACAAAGGGAUUCCUGCUGUCCGCGUGAGCCCUGUUUGUUCUCUGUAUCCUGUGCACACAACCUUGCAAGUGAUGGCACCAAGAGUCUGACAUCCAAUUCCAGCGUACAAAUUGAACGGAUUGCAGCAGUUACCAUUGCUGCAGGGACUACUGCAAUCGGUUAUCUCGCUUACAAAAGAUUUUAUGUCAAAGAUCAUCGCCACAAAUCUAUGGUAAACCUUCACAUCCAGAAAGACAACCCCAAGAUACUACACGCUUUCAACAUGGAGGAUUUGGGAGAUAAAGCUGUGUACUGCCGUUGCUGGAGAUGCAAAAAGUUCCCACUCUGUGAUGGAGGUCACACAAAACACAAUGAAGAGACUGGAGACAACAUAGGACCUCUGAUCAUCAAGAAAAAAGAAACUUAA